AUGCAUACAAUUGGUUUGCGCGAGCAUGUGCGACAAAAAGAGCGCGAGGCAGGAUUGCGGUGCGACGCACCUGCCUGUCUACCGUACGAUUCUGACGACGAAAAACAUCGCUCGCCUUUGAUUCAACUUAUGCCUUGUCGACAUGAGAUUCAUCUUGAUUGCUUGUGCAUGGGCAUGCGCAUCGAGAUGGCACAGGCUCAAAUGAACUGUAGCGAGAUACAAGGGGACCAAAGCUCACGACACGCCGGUUCGAAAAAAGAGACAGGUAGGGACUUGGAGAAUCCCGACGAGGAAGAAGAUGCAGCGGAUGAUAACGAAUACGCAUGGGCCACAUCUUCCACAAGCCUGUCUACAGGUAUGCAUUCUGACUCAUCUUCUCUCGACCAGGACACUAUCGGAAAGUGGGUCACAUGCUCCGCAUGUCGAAAAGAUGCAUGGGCCCGCUUACCUCGACGCAGACAGCCACGGCGCAUGCCGCGAUCUGCAUGUACGAAUCUUUCCUCGUAA